GUAAAUAUUUUCUUAACUCUUGAACUGCACUGUUGGUUAAGGGUUUGUAAGUAAGCAUUUCACGGUAAGGUCUACACUUGUUGUAUUCGGCGCAUGUGACAUAUAAAGUUUGAUUUGAUUCUAUGGCCAGUUGUCCUGUGAAACAGACCUGGACCACUAUCUGGAGUCUCAACUCCAUGUGGCGCUUGUAUAACAGAGAGAUGCCCAUAGUCAUCAACACAAUGGGCUGCGUCAAAGGUUUUGGCUUUCAGUUGCUGGUGGACAUCAUUUGCCUCUGCUCCGUCUCUCACGUGGUGCAGCUCAGUAGUGGGGAUAAAGUCAUGUGCCCCCAACUCACCCCUGAGUUCCUGAAGUCAUCACAUGGCUGGCAGACACACCCUCCUGCCCAGUCAGCCCUGGGGGAGGACAACUCUGGAUCCCAUCCUCUCCAGUGGAGAUACUCUAUUCAGUUUGAAGGAGUGGGGCGCCUGGGCGAAAUGAGACACCAGUGUAGCAAUGAGCAGCGUGACCUGGCUCUGCUGGGCUACUUCAGCCAGCUGCAGUCCCCUGAACCAGGCUCCGUCAGACCGCUGCAUGGCUUCACCCCCUACCAGCAGUGGCGGUGGGUGUGAUGCACUGUGAGGUAGCACCAGCUCAUGCGCUCUACGCUGCCAAUGCCAGUCUGGUGAGGCUGUGCUUUCUAAAUGAGAAGGUAUCAGGCAGGGGAGGCCCAGUUCUACUCUCUCAAACCCCUGUCUGUCCCUGCGUAGGAUUUGCAGGUGUCCUUUGGGGUGUGGACAAGGCAUGUGGCCUGUACACCUGUUGCUCCCUCAGUCCUCCGUCAGGUCAACGGUCUUCUGCUGGGUGCUGUCACACUGACCAACAUCCUCCUCACAGGACAGACAGGAAUUGUGUGAGAGCCUCCCUACGUCACAAUAGACUACAACUUUUAGCUAACCGGAGCUGGGAAGAUUCACGUCUUCAAGGGGCUUGCAAGACCUGACCAGAUGAAUAACGCAAAGUGAUUGUUUUUGUGAGAAGAGACUAUGGUUUCAUAGCAAGAAAUCUGAAAUCUGAAUAUUUUUUACCUUUUUUACUGACUUCAAACACCAAGGCCAGAGUCUCUCUUUCUCUUGCUUUCUCUUAUCGCUCCUGUUUCAUCAGGAGUUGUUUGUCAGAAGUUGGAAAUAGGCCUAAAUAAAACAAUUUCAGGUC